CACUGACAGAUAAAGCACAGAGCCGACCUCCCGGCAGAUCACAGCUUCUGGACUUGCCGUUGUCUCCAGUGUCACCUGGAGGAUUCACCCCAGACAUGCAGCUCUGUUUCUGGGCUGGAGCUCGGUGUCUCCUGCCCGUCCUGGUCCUUCUGUCCGUCCUUCAUGUCCGAGCAGCGGAGCAGCUUCCACCCAGAGAGAGACACUACUACAUCGCUGCUGUGGAGAUAGACUGGAAGUACUCUGACAAUGACACCCACAGCUAUAAGAAAGUGGUGUUUCGAGAGUAUGAGAAAGAUUUCAGGAAGGCGAAGGCUCAUCCCUCGUGGUUAGGUCUGCUCGGACCCACCCUGAGGGCGGCGGAGGGCGAGACCCUCGUGGUCACUUUCAGGAACAUGGCGACCACGUCACACAGCCUUCACCCCCACGGGGUCGCUUACGGGAAGCAGUCGGAGGGAGCCCACUACUUUGACAACACGUCCCAGAAAGAGAAAGAGGACGACGUGGUGCAGCCGAACGGGGAACACGUGUACCACUGGGAGGUGACGUCAGACGUGUCACCGCAGCCGGACGACCCCGCCUGCCUCACCUACACCUACAUCUCCCACCAGAACGUGGUGGAGGACUUCAACGCCGGCCUCAUCGGCGCGCUGCUCGUCUGCAAACCUAAAAGCCUGAAUGAGUCGGGGCAGCAGAUCCACUUCCACCAGGAGUACGUGCUCCUCUUUGGGGUUUUUGAUGAGAAGGAGAGCAGGUACAAAACCAUCGGCCACGCCCCCGACAACCACGUCAAAUACACCAUCAACGGCUUCACCAAGGGGUCACUGCCAGAUGUGAGUGUGUGCGCUCAUGCCUCCGUGAGUCUGCAUCUCUUGGGCAUGGCCUCGGAGCCGGAGGUCUUCUCGGUGCACAUGAACGGGCAGGUGCUGCAGCAGGCCGGCCACAGAGUGUCCUCAGUGGGUCUGAUCAGCGGCUCCACCGCCACUGCCAGCAUGGUGGCCAUCCACACAGGCCGCUGGCUGCUGUCCUCACACAUCAGCAGGCACAUCCAAGCUGGCCUGCACGGGUUUGUGGAUGUGAAGACGUGCGGCGGGUUCGAGGCUCCACACCGACGGCUGACUCACGCACAGAAGAAAGAAAGCAGGGAGUGGGUCUACUUCAUCGCCGCUGAGGAAAUUGUCUGGGACUAUGCACCUAACCUGCAGCCACAUGUUGAUGAGGACUUCAGGCUGCAGUACUUGACACAGUCAUCGACACGCAUAGGUCAGAAGUACAAGAAGGCCGUGUACACGCAGUACAGGAACGAGUCGUUCACAGAGAGGAUUGAGAGCAAGCAAAGGAAGAACGAGCUCGGGAUCCUGGGCCCAGUGAUCAGAGCCCAGAUCAGAGACGUUAUCAAGAUUGUUUUUAAGAACAUGGCGUCCAGGCCUUACAGCAUCUAUCCACACGGUCUGACAAUCCUGAAGUCAGAGGAGGGAGCCAACUACCCAGAAGGAGGAAACCAUUCCCACGGGGUUCAGCCUGGUGAGACGCACACGUACGUCUGGAGAGUGGUGGAGGAGGACGAGCCUUUGGACGGAGACUCCCGAUGUCUGACUCGGAUGUACCACAGCGCAGUGGACGCACCACGAGACAUCGCAUCAGGACUGAUCGGACCGAUCCUCAUCUGCAAGAGUCAGUCGCUCAACCGCAGGAACGUGCAGUUGAAAGCAGACAAGGAGCAACACGCCAUGCUCGCUGUGUUCGAUGAAAACCAGAGCUGGUACCUGGAUCACAACAUCGCUCACUACUGUGAUCCAACCAGAGUCAACAAGGCCGACCCGGACUUCUACAAAUCCAAUGUCAUGCACACGAUUAACGGUUACAUGUUUGAGAGCGGCCCGCUCUUGGGCUUCUGCAACGGCGAGAUAGCAACGUGGCACGUGUCGAGCGUCGGGGCUCAGGACUACAUCCAGACGGCUACCUUCUACGGUCACAUGUUCCAGUUGAACGAGCGGCCGGAGGACUUCCUCAGCCUCUACCCCAUGACUGGAGAAACCAUCAGCAUGACCAUGGACAACGCCGGUGUCUGGCUCAUGGCUUCUCUGAACUCUCAUGAGACGACCAAAGGGAUGCGGGUGAAGUUCCAGGAUGUUGAGUGUUAUCGCGAGUACCAGUUCGAUUCCAAUGAGGAGAAGGAGGACUCCAAUGAAUUCAACAAGUGGAAGCUUCCGAGCAUCGCAGACAUCAAGAAGGAAGAGGAGCAGCCGAAGAACAAGAAUGUGGUGGUGGACAUUGACACAGACAUGUUUGCAGCAGAGAUGGGUCUCAGGUCCCGGAGAAACCAGACGACCGACUCAGACAUGGAGAAGCUGGACCUCUCUAACCUCGACAGCGACCUCAUGGAUCUGCCCGACGGACCAGAACCAAACUCAAUGAACAAGACAUUGUUUUCAAAUCGUGAAGAGGCCGAUGGAGCGAACCUCACAGUGGUGGAUUCUCUGAGUGAGAAUACGACUCGUAUACAGAGCACGAUUGCAGCGUCAACACCUAACAGCUCAUUGAAAACAGAGAACACGACCGCCUCAUAUAACCAAUCACUGAAGAACGAGAGUAUAACUUCAAGCAGCAAAGUUUCACAAAAUGCUUCUAAACCUGAUAAUUAUGCCGUGUCUGACACGGAGAACAAAACUUUCAUCAACGCUACAGAAUUAUCAGCAGCUGGAAAUGUUUCUGCAGAGAUAACGAACCUGAGAGGAACCAAACCAGAAACUGCUAAUCAUACCGUAACAGAACAAGAAACUACAGACAUUACAGCAGUAGAACAAGAAACUACAAACAUUACAGCAGUAGAACAAGAAACAACCGACAUUACAGCAGUAGAACAAGAAACUACAGACAUUACAGCAGUAGAACAAGAAACUACAGACAUUACAGCAGUAGAACAAGAAACUACAAACAUUACAGCAGUAGAACAAGAAACUACAAACAUUACAGCAGUAGAACAAGAAACUACAAACAUUACAGCAGUAGAACAGGAAACUACCAACUUUACAGCCACAGAACAAGGAAAUGUAAGUUCCCUGGUGGAGACUGAAAGUAAAGAGGAAACCCUGACUGGUGAUAAAUGGACGAUCUUGGCUGAAGACUCAGAGGAGAGACUCACCAGAGGAGACGUGUUCUCUUACUCUGAUUCUCAGUCCAACACCAACAGUUCCCUCAGUCUGCAGGAGACACAGAGGGAAGAUGAGAAUAACACAGCAACUGACAUGUCAGCAGAUGCAGCAUUGUCCUCUCUGGACACUGGAGGGUUUAACAGCACAGACAGAUACAACCUGAGGAUCCUCGUGUCAGAGGUGGAGAACGACAGAAGCAGUGGUAUCGACUCUUUGAGCUCUGGAGCAGGGCUGGAGAACAAACCUCAUCCAAACAUAUCCAGAUCAAAUUCUUCAGGUUUGAGGAACAAGACAUCGUCUGCAGAAAGAAACCAGACGGUGGAUGGGGACUCGUCCAGAUCCAGUGUUGGAGUCAGAACCGGAAGUUCUGAGGAUCUCAGGGCCUCCGAGAGCAGCGAAGAAGUUCUGAUCUACCUCGGACAAAACAACAUGGAGGUGAUUAAAUCCACCUCUGUUAAAACACAGGGCCACAACUGGACUUACGAGGGAACUCACCAAACGGAGACCAUAGAGAUUCCCGACCACAUGAUUAAAUAUUUCCCGAGACCGACCCCUCGAACAACACCAGCUCCAAAGAGGAAGAAGAAGACGGUGCACCUCCGCCAGAGGCCUCAGAAGGGUGAGGGCAUGAAAACCAAGAGGAGGAAGGAGUACAAGCCUGUGGCCAGGAGCAGUUUGCCGUUCUCUCCUCGUGGAUUCAACCCAAGCAUGACGCCACGCGGGGCCCGACCCAACGUGCCUGUCACCUUCUCUGAUGAGGAGGAGCUCCUAAAUGAGCCCGUGGUGAUCGGCGUGCCGCGGCAUGACUUCAGUGACUACGAGCUGUAUGUUCCUGGAGAUGAACCGGAUCAUCUCGAGAUGGACGAGCCGGACGUGAAAGACAACGAGUAUGAAUACGUGGUCUACAAAGACCCCUACAGCAGCCACGAGGACGCCAAGAGCCAGUACCUGGACGAGACCUCCAAAUACAUCUUGAAAAAUUCAGGCCCCAACGUCAGGAUGUACUUCAUCGCUGCAGAGGAGGUGACGUGGGACUACAGCGGCUACGGACAGAGGAGACAAGACAAAGUGCAACUGAACACCCGGAAAACCACGUUCUCCAAAGUGGUUUUCAGAAGCUACAUGGACAGUAGCUUCAGCACCCCCGACGUCCGGGGAGAGAUAGACGAGCAUCUGGGAAUCCUGGGACCGGUCAUCAAGGCCGAGGUCGGACAAAGCAUCAUGGUGGUGUUCAGGAACAACGCCGACCGGCCGUACUCCGUCCAUCCCAACGGGGUCACCUACACCAAGAGGACCGAGGGUCUGUCCUACGAGGACGGCUCCAAGUACUGGUUCAAGUACGACAACGAGGUUCAACCCAAUUCCACCUUCACGUAUCUGUGGAAGCUCCCCAUCGAGGUCGGGCCAAAGCCGGGCGACACUGACUGUCGGACUUGGGCCUAUUACUCAGGUGUCAACCCUGAGCGGGACAUCCACACGGGCCUGAUCGGGCCUCUGCUGGUGUGUCGGGAGGGAACCCUGAGCAGGAACCUGCCGGACCUCAGGGAGUUCAUGCUGCUGUUCAUGACCUUCGACGAGUCUCAGAGCUGGCUCUUCGAGAAGAACCACGAGAGGAUGCAGAGGAAAAGUCGCAGGAAAUACUUUGACCCUUACUUCAAGGACAAACUCAAGUUCCAAUCCAUCAACGGGAUCAUUUACAACCUGAAGGGUCUGAGGAUGAGCACCCACCAGCCCGUGCACUGGCACCUCAUCAACAUGGGUUCUCCCAAAGACUUUCAGAGUGUCCACUUCCACGGCCAGACGUUCCUGCACCGGGGGACCAGCAGCCACAGACAGGCUGUCUACCCUCUGCUGCCCGGGAGCUCUGCGACCCUGGAGAUGUUUCCUGCCAAACCUGGUCUGUGGCAGCUGGAGACAGAAGUCGGUUCUAUCCAGCAGCAGGGAAUGCAGACUCUCUUCCUGAUUCUAGACAACGACUGUAACCGUCCACUGGGUCUGGAGUCCGGCAGCGUGACAGAUGCUCAGAUCACAGCAGUCAACACCAGAAGAAACUGGGAGCCGCAUUACGCCAGACUGAACAAUCACGGUAGAUACAACGCGUGGAGCACAGAGCAGAACAACAGCUGGAUUCAGGUGGACUUCCAGAGGCCAGUCGUGAUCAGUCAGGUGGCCACGCAGGGAGCCAAGCAGAUGUUCAACCCCCACUUCGUGGUCAAGUACUUCAUCUCCUACAGCACGGACCGCAGGAAGUGGAUCUUCUACAAGGGCGACAGCACGGGCCUCAGGAAGGUCUUCGUUGGGAACCAGGAAGCGUACGAGACAAAGAGAAACACCUUCUCUCCACCUCUGAUUGGACGGUUCAUCAGACUCCACCCCAUCCACUGGAACACCAAGGCCACAGUUCGCAUGGAGCUCUACGGCUGCGAGCUCGACGGAUGCUCGGUGCCUCUGGGGAUCGAGAGCGGACUCAUCGGGGAUCAUCUCAUCACGGCCAGCUCCACGGCCAGCAGCUGGUACUCUGGACCCUGGAGGCCGUCCCUCGCUCGCCUCAACAAGCAGGGCACCAUCAACGCCUGGCAGGCCAAGUACAACGACAUGAGCCAGUGGCUGCAGGUGGAGCUGCCGCAGGUGAAGAAGAUCACAGGUAUCAUCACCCAGGGAGCCAAGUCAGUGGGGACAGAGAUGUACGUCAUGUCCUACACGCUCCAGUACAGCGCCGACGGGGUCACCUGGAACCAGUACACCGACGACGAGGAGACCCAGUACAAGACGUUCCCAGGAAAUAUCAACAACAACGACCACGUGAAGAACUACAUCUACCCCCCCAUCUUCUCACGCUUCAUCCGAAUCGUCCCCAGCAGCUGGAUGAGCUCCAUCACCAUGAGGGUGGAGCUGCUGGGCUGCGACUUUGAGUAAUCACACACACACACAUAGAAGUCAGUUCCCUAAAUAUGUGAAAGAACUCCCUGUAUAGAGGAUAAAACAAAUACAGAUAUAUGAAAUCAAAGCUUUUAUAAUGUAAACCCACACAUGCAUUUGUUACACUCAUCAAAGUUUGUGGAACUGAACAGAAACAUAAAUCUCCUCAAUAUCAGUUCCUCUCUGGUCAGGAUCAGGGGUUUGAACCUGACAGGAUGUGAAAGUGUUGAAUUAUUAUAUUACAUCUUCAUGUGUUUUUAAUGCUGUUAUUUGUGUCAUUGGUUUGUGCUUCAUACUUUUCCAUGUGCAGAGACAUAUUUAGAGAAAUUCUAUAUAGAGAUAGUGGGGUUCCCCCCCCCCCCCCCCCCCCCAUUCACAUAACACAUAUCUAAUGCAAAGUCUGGUUCUAUGUGAUAUUAUUCUUCACUCUUUUGUUAAUAUUUCUGUGAUUUUUCAAAACUCUGGCAUGUGAAACUUUGUACUUUAUGAAAUGAAUCUAGAUGAAUGUAAAUAUGUAAGUAGAGGCCUUGUAAUUUAUUUUACAAUAAAUAAGAUAACAUAU